AUGGCAAACCAAGCCCCCAACAAAGUACAAGAGCGCCUUACGCAGGUCGAAGGCCAUCUCCUUGGUGGUUCUGCAAGCUCUGGCGCAUCAGGAUCCAAGGGAAGGAAGAACCUCCUUGAGAAGAGGCCUGACGAUGUUGUUGUAACCUGCGCGCUCCGCACAGCUUUCACCAAGGGCGGAAAGGGAGGGUUCAAAGAUACACAAGCAGCUGAUCUUCUUCACGGUGCUUACAAGGCCAUCAUCGAGCGCUCGGGUAUUGACCCUAAGCUCGUCGAGGACAUCGCUGUCGGUGCUGUUCUCGCCCCGGGUGGUGGCGCAACAGAGUUCCGCGCUGCUGCUCUUGCUGCUGGCUUCCCUACCACGACCGCAGUCAAGAGCUUGAACAGGCAAUGUUCCUCUGGUCUCCAGGCAUGCGUCGACAUCGCCAACGCAAUCAAGUCUGGCAUGAUUGAAGUCGGUAUUGGCGCAGGCGCAGAGAGCAUGAGCACACAAUACGGACCAGGCGCCGUCACUGAGUUUUCCGAGCUCCUCGAGAACCACAAGGAAGCCGCAAACUGCAAGGUACCCAUGGGCGUGUUGUCGGAGCAAAUGGCAAAGGCCAAGGGCAUUGCGCGAGCUGACCAAGACGCCUUUGCCGCGUCGUCGUUCCAAAAGGCCGUCGAGGCUCAAAACAAGGGUCUCUUUGACGAGGAAAUCGCACCCUUGACCGUCAAGUGGACCAACCCCAAGACCGACAAGGAGGAGACCAUCACCGUCAGCAAGGAUGAUGGCGUCAGGCAAGGCAUCACCCCCGAAUCUCUUAGCAAGAUUCGCCCUGCCUUUUCCAAAGACGGCUCCAUCCACGCUGGUAACGCAUCUCAAAUCUCUGACGGUGCCGCCGCCGUGCUCCUGAUGAAACGCAGCACAGCCGAGCGCCUCGGCCAAAAGAUCAUUGGCAAAUUCGUCCAGGCCUCCAUUGUCGGUGUACCUCCGCUACUGAUGGGUGUCGGUCCCGCCGCCGCUAUCCCCGUUGUGCUUGAGAAGACCGGUCUGAACAAGAACGAAGUCGACAUCUACGAGAUCAACGAGGCUUUCGCCAGCCAGUGCCUCUACUGCAUCAACGAACUUGGUCUCGACAUGAAGAAGAUCAACCCCAAGGGUGGUGCUAUUGCCUUUGGCCACCCCCUCGGUGUCACUGGCGCCAGGCAAGUCAGCACUCUGCUCACCGAGCUCAGGCGAACAAAGCAGCAAAUCGGUGUCACCAGCAUGUGCAUUGGUACCGGUAUGGGUAUGGCUGCUGUCUGGGUUGCCGAGUAA